CUCGCUGCGGAGAGGGGUUUCUCACGCCCCGCUCUCGGGUGACUGCGCCGGAGGUCGGAAGGAAGCGAGGCGAGAGAUGAGUCAUCCCGCCUAAUUCCUCUUUCCCGGUCCCCUCGCCUCCGCGCGCCGGCCCCCUCCCGAGAUCUUGAAGCCAGGAGCGAAGAUUCCCCACAUCCUCAGAGUCCUCCACCAAACCCCCUGUGGCCUGCGGAGGAGAGAGAAGUACGGGUCUUGUGGCCAAUGAGAACUUUGCUCUCUCGCCCGCCGUCCAAUAGGCCGCUGUUUACAGGCUGGGGCGGGACUAGGAGGAUAGGAGGGGGCGGCCCCGGGUUGGCGCGCGCCGCUGCUGUUCUGUGGCUCACAGAGAGAGCGCCUCACCAGGAGUCGGCGCCUAGGCGACGCGGAAAGGCGCCACUGCCACAGCCGCCGCUGCUGGCCAAGGUGCUGGACAAGACAGGCCCGUCGGCCACUCGUCAGCUCAGGCGCCGGUUGCAGCCGCCGCUGCUUCGCUCCCAGCCCAGUCCCCAUGGAAGAGAUGGAAGAAGAAUUAAAAUGCCCCGUGUGUGGCUCCUUCUACCGGGAGCCCAUCAUACUGCCCUGCUCUCACAAUAUAUGUCAGGCGUGCGCCCGCAACAUCCUGGUGCAGACCCCGGAGUCGGAGUCCCCUCAAAGCCGACGGGCCUCGGGCUCCGGGGUCUCCGACUAUGACUAUCUGGACCUGGACAAGAUGAGCCUGUACAGCGAGGCGGACAGCGGCUAUGGCUCCUACGGGGGUUUCGCCAGCGCCCCCACUACCCCGUGCCAGAAGUCCCCCAACGGCGUUCGAGUGUUUCCCCCAGCUAUGCCGCCACCGGCCACCCACCUGUCACCGGCCUUGGCCCCGGUGCCCCGCAACUCCUGUAUCACCUGCCCCCAGUGCCACCGCAGCCUCAUCCUGGAUGACCGGGGACUCCGCGGCUUUCCCAAGAACCGCGUCCUGGAAGGGGUAAUUGACCGCUACCAGCAGAGCAAAGCGGCGGCCCUUAAGUGCCAGCUCUGCGAGAAGGCGCCCAAGGAGGCCACCGUCAUGUGCGAACAGUGCGAUGUCUUCUACUGUGAUCCGUGCCGCCUGCGCUGCCACCCACCCCGGGGGCCCCUAGCCAAGCACCGCCUGGUGCCCCCGGCCCAAGGCCGCGUGAGCCGGCGGCUGAGCCCGCGAAAGGUCUCCACCUGUACAGACCACGAGCUGGAGAACCACAGCAUGUACUGCGUGCAGUGCAAGAUGCCCGUGUGCUACCAGUGCUUAGAGGAGGGCAAGCACUCCAGCCACGAAGUCAAGGCAUUGGGGGCCAUGUGGAAACUGCACAAGAGCCAGCUCUCCCAGGCGCUGAAUGGGCUGUCGGACAGGGCCAAGGAAGCCAAGGAAUUUCUGGUGCAGCUGCGCAACAUGGUCCAGCAGAUCCAGGAGAACAGUGUGGAAUUUGAGGCCUGCCUGGUGGCUCAAUGUGAUGCCCUCAUUGACGCCCUCAACAGGAGGAAAGCCCAGCUGCUUGCCCGCGUCAACAAGGAGCACGAGCACAAGCUAAAGGUGGUCCGAGAUCAGAUCUCUCACUGCACAGUGAAACUGCGCCAGACCACUGGUCUCAUGGAGUACUGCCUGGAGGUGAUUAAGGAAAAUGACCCUAGUGGAUUUUUGCAGAUUUCUGACGCCCUCAUCAGGAGGGUGCACCUGACUGAGGAUCAGUGGGGCAAAGGCACACUCACUCCCAGGAUGACCACGGACUUCGACUUGAGUCUGGACAACAGCCCUCUGCUGCAGUCCAUCCACCAGCUGGACUUCGUGCAGAUGAAAGCUUCCUCUCCAGUCCCAGCGACCCCCAUCCUACAGCUGGAGGAGUGUUGCACCCACAACAACAGCGCCACCCUGUCUUGGAAACAGCCGCCUCUGUCUACGGUGCCCGCGGAGGGAUACAUUCUGGAGCUGGAUGAUGGCAAUGGUGGUCAGUUCCGGGAAGUGUAUGUUGGGAAGGAGACCAUGUGCACCGUGGAUGGUCUUCACUUCAACAGCACAUACAAUGCUCGCAUCAAGGCCUUCAACAAAACAGGAGUCAGCCAGUACAGCAAGACCCUGGUCCUCCAGACGUCCGAGGGUAAGGCCCUUCAGCAGUAUCCCUCAGAGCGAGAACUGCGAGGCAUCUAGAAUGGCUGGCAAGCCCGGAGAGAGCCCAUGGUGUGUGGAUGGGAUCAAACCAAAGAGUCCACAGCGGCAGUUCCCAUGGCUUGGGCCGGCGGCUUCCUUUGAUAACGCUCUAAAUAAGCUGCAGCAGAAGAAGCUGAAAAGUGAAGGCCUGAAUGUGCCGCCAUGUGUGAGACGAAUGUAUCUAGGCUCUAGGGCAGGCUCCCAUUCUCCACGAUACACAUCACUGGCCAGUUUUGCCCAGACAAUUCUAAAAUGGCUUUGUAGUGCUUGCUUGUGUCUGAGGGUGGGGCCGAGGUCCUUUCCAGCUGUGGAUUUAUCUGACUGAACAUGUUUCUGAGAGGUGUGGGGUGCAGGAGCUGUUCUGAGAGGGUCUGUGGGCCACUCCUGGCUUUUAACCAGCCAGUUCCAUUGCACACGCCGGGACAGAGGCUCCCUGUGGGCCCCAGACAGGAAGAGACCAGCAUGUCGGCAUUCCCUGGCCAUUUUCACCUUGGCCCGUCCCUCCAGGCUUGGUUAGGCUGUCUGGGCCCUGCGCACAAGGUCCAUCUUGAGACCAUGCUCGCUUCUUGGCUAUACUGUAAAUAUUUUGGUCAUCAGAGGCAAGAAGAGGGGCUUGGACUUAAUGGCCAGGUAUUAAAACCUCUGAGGCUCUUAACAUUUUCACUCUAAGAACAAUUGCAACACAUGAAAUUAAACCCAUGAAGAGGUAUUUGUGGUCGGUGCCAAAGCAUUUUCAGACCUUCUGGGUGUCAUUUUAAUCAUAGCAGCCACCCCCACUCCACCAGUAUUCUCCGUAACCUCCCUCUGCAGAACUAAUUAUGUUGGUUUUGUUCAAACUCAAAAUGUUAGCUAAAAGAACUGUGGUGGUAUUUUUUUCCCACUUCCCACAAACCUCAGCACGUGCCAGUCACCCCUAAAAUGGUUCACAUGGUUAAAAACAAGCACAACUUCAAAUCCCACAGCAAGGUUGAAAGGCCCCUAGCUGUGAAAAACCACACUUGGGGAGAACUUGUAAGUCUGUGAGUGACGCCCUUCAAAGAGAAGGAUUUGGUAGUGGGAAAAUGCCUACAUGACCUAUUCCCCCCUUGGGUUAUAGGGAUGUGGUAGCUGAACCUCCCCUGCAUCAGUCAUUUAGCAGCCUCUCUCUGGGAAGAGACCUAUCAACUUGAAAGCAGUUACCUCUUUUCCCAAAGCACCAGGCUAGAUGCUAAAGCCCUCCAGGAGUCUUCCUACGUGACCCUCGAUGGGAAUGGCCCUGUUUCCCAUGUGCGUACAAGGCGGUUUGAUUGAAGAGUGAAGUGCAUGCCAUCAGAGCAGGGAGACACUUUGCAGAGAUGCUGUUAAUCUGUGUCACCAGACCUACGGGAAAACUAUUUCUGUUCGUAAUGCAUCACGGAAAUCACACUAUUCUGCUAAAAUCAGUUAUUAGCAUAGCAGCCUGAGCACUUACGUCUCUCUUUUCAUCCUGCAGGAGGAUGUAGUUUCUAAGUUUCGAUUAAUGUUCAUAAGAUUAUGGUGUCUAAUAAAUUACAGGAUUGGAACUGCGAUCCUUGGUACCACAGUCACAGAACUGGGGGUCAUUUUCUAAAAGAAACUAACGGAACAAGUUCUCUUCCAACAAAGAAACUGUACUGUAGAAAUUAAUUUCUUCCAUGAAUUUUAUAUAUUGUGUACAAAUAUAAGGUAUGUAUCUAAAUACAAAGAAAACUCUAUCAUCGUGUAGAUACUAGUAUUCUCUGUUACUGCACAGAAGUGAUUUUCUCAUGAUGAAAAUAAAGUUCACACACAUACUUUCUCCA